ACAGAGCGUCUAAAAAAGCCGGUCCGGUCCAAGGCGUAUCUUCGACCUCGCCUCACCGCUUGCCUCUGUUUUCCAGUUUCGUAAACGUUCAUAGCGGCCCUACUUACUACAAAUACGUUCUUUGGUGCGACUCUUUUGAGGAAAUGCAGAGUUAGUAGCAUUGAUUUUAAUGCUGCCAUCCUCGUGUCGUGGGCGUGCAGUGUCCUUGAGGAUUCUCGGUGUUAAAUCUUAAGACAUCUCCAACAUUACCUUUCAAGUCCCUGUAUCGCACUUGCGGCGCUUUUGAUAACCAACGUCUGCCACUGCUUUGCCACUCGAGUGUUCGACCUGCUCUUCUUCUUCUAUCAAGCUUCGUAUAAUUUUUUCGGUGACGGCUUCGACUUCUUUGAGCGAUUCGACACCCUGCAGCCCUUCGAGUCCAUGAAGUUCUGUCCUAUAUGUUCCAAUCUACUCCUAGUCGAACUCGGAGAGCAGAACUUCCGAUUUUGUUGUCAGACGUGCCCCUAUAUAUCAGUCAUUACGAAAAAGAUUAGCAAAACGAUGAAGCUUAAACGAAAAGAAGUGGACGAUGUCCUCGGUGGGGAGGACGCAUGGGCGGCAGCCGAUCGAACGACCACCGCAUGCCCUUUUUGCGAUAGCAUGGAGGCAUUCUUCGUGCAAAUGCAGAUACGAUCCGCAGAUGAGCCCAUGACGACAUUUUACAGGUGCACGCUCUGCGCGAAUCGUUGGUCCGGCGACUAGGGAAAGAGAGUAAAGAGGCGCAUCCCGAACACGUUUCCGACGCCGGAAGAUUGGUUCCAGUUCAGAGGAACAGAAUUGCAGUCAAGGAUGGUGCGAUCUAUUUAAGAGUCCUUUCGGUGUUUGAAGGUGUGAAAAGCGUCAGGGGAUAAAAGUUUGAUGCUUUUUCGAGUCGGACGUCGCUGGUGAUCAAUCUCUUUAAAAAAGUGGUAUGCUGUGACGAAAGACACGGGGGGGGAAAAAAGUUCAUUUCAAAAUGAAGCAAGGUGCGAUAAGUCCAUUGCUUCCGAAUUAGCAUCUGGCAAUAAGAUCCUCUUCUCCAGGUGUCCCUAUCCCGCCCAAUCUUUAUACACGGUCGUCCCCGGGAGCAAGUGUUCGCUGAUAAGGGCAACAUGCAUUAAGCAAACAAUUUCGCGGAGGCCAUUCGAUGCGCCUCCUCCUACGUCAUCUCCUUCCAAAUCUUCAAGCCCUCGGCUCCGACGGCGUUCCGCUGUCUCUCACCGCUGCGUGGUCAUUCAUUGGCAUGCUCCAAUGUCUGCCAUCUCCGUCCUCUUGCCUCUCUUUUCUCCAUCUCAGCAGAUUUUUUCGUCGCAAUGUUCUCUUCGUCGGCCUUACUCUUCCUUCAUUAUCGCUUUCAGAAUGCACUAGCCCCACCCAAAAAAACCGCCCCGGCUACUACAGCGAGACCCUGCCCUAUCUUCCCGCAAUUCAUUAAGCCCCCAUCUAAAAGCUCCAUUGUGGUCGCAUAUCUCCGCAAAACGCCGUCACAUUCGACGACAAACUAGCAUUGUGAGACCGCAGUGACCACCUCGUUUUCGCAGACCCAGCCCUCCCCGCCCCCCCGCCUGUGUCUCCCUUUUUCUGAAACCGCAGCCAGGCACUAGAACUUCAGCGAUUUCUUUCCAAACUCACCCUCAUUUCCUCGAAUGCACUAGUUGUCGUC